UCACAUGAUCAUGGUGGCUGAAUUCCGGAAGUCAUGGGUUGUUUGGGUUCACGACCAAAGCAGAAGUACUUCAAACCGAGUUUUUUAUCAUGUCGUCGCACAGUAUCUUUGUGUUUUUUGUACUUUUAGUAAUAAAUAUCCACGCUUUUGUUGCUAGCGAUGGAUUAAACGUCACCGCCCUUGAUUCGUCGGGAAAACUCACACAGGUUUCUGUUUUGGUUAACUCCCCUUCUGUGUUUAAGCCUAUUGUGGACUCCGUUUACCCGCUGAGUCUGCUGUCCUCGUUCCCAGAAGACGUAGAAAUCAGUGAGUACUGUAACGACCUGCUUCUGGUGCUCGGCCAGCGAUAUGUGGCGUACAUGAGCUGCCUGAUACCUGCUGCUCGACCCGUGAAAGUAUGCCAGAAGUGCUACUCUGGUUACAGCAGCCUGGUCCAAAUCUACCAGAACAUCUCAUCAGACCAGAUGGGUCCUGGUAAUGUGAGCUGCAGAGACAGCCUUCUGCACAGUGAUCGGCUGAUGCUGGUUUACCUGCUCUACAGCAACGUGGAAAACAUCUGGGACAAUUCCAACUGUGCUCAGUGUCUCUCCAAAGACUUCCAGAGCCAAACCAAUGACACGCUGUUCUUCUUGAAUGUUCUCAAUCAAACCCUCUCAUGUUUUGAGAAGUACAAACAGGGAAAUCUUACAGAGCUGUGCAAAAACUGUAAAAAAUCAUACAAGGACCUGAAUGAUCUGUACAGUCUAAAGGAGCUGAAUCACACCUUGUGUAUUGAUUUGGAGGAUGCGAUGAACAUGACCCGCAGACUCUGGAGUAAAAACUUCAACUGUUUUUUACCCCGAGAGGAGACGGUGCCUGUCAUUGCUGUGUUCAGCUUUAUGCUCUUUUUGCCCAUCGUCUUCUACUUGAGCAGCUUCCUGCACUCCGAACAAAAGAAACGCAAGCUCAUACACCCCAAUCGAGCGAAGUCCUACACCGGUCUGAUGAACAUCCAGGACAAACAGAGCUGAAGAAGUUGCAUCUUAACGCCAUCUUGCUGUCUAUUUUACUUUUACAUUCAUCUGAUUUCUAUAUCGUAAAGGACAAAGACAAUAUUUAAGGAAGAACUAGUCAAGCUUCCCAAAGAAUUGGUUGAUUUGGGACAAAAUAGGACUCGUCAAACAGAAAUAUGCAUUAUUUACAUGUUUGCUAAGUUAUUUAAGGAUUUAAUAAUCACAAUUAAUAUCUGUUAACCAGAUUUUCUGGAAUCACUGUAAUUUGUUGUCCUAAUCAGGUGGUUGUUAAUAUUUCUGUCAUUUAAAUCUUCUGAUGGCCUCUCCUUCAUUUUUAACUUGUUAACAAUCUUUGGAUUGUUAAGUGCAUCCUACUGUCGCUGUAGAGCAUCUGGAUUGUAAGCUGUGUGUGUGUGUGUGUGUGUGUGUGUGUGCGUGCGCGCGCGCGCGUGUGUGUGUGUGUGUGUGUGUGUGUGUGCGCACUAUUUAUAGAUGGGAAAAUGGGUUUUCUGUCUCUAAUGUGUAUGUCCUGGAGAGAGCUGCAAAAAGGAAGCACUUGAUGUCCAUUAGUGGUGACAUGUAACUGCUGUAAGGAGGGGUAAGGCGUGGAGGAGCACAUCGGUGCAUUGGGGGAGCAAAUAAAGACAUUAGACACACAAUGUAAGAGCACUCGAAAAUACCAUACUGUGAUGUUACCUGUUUUCUUGUCUUUUAUUUAUUUAUUUUUUUUUUGUGGUUGCAUAAAGCUUUUAAUGUGCUGCUGCUGUAAUUUCUUCACUAAUAUUUAAUGUACUUCGUUAAGAGUUCUGACUAAAAUCUUUAAGUGUGAUGAGUGGUGAGCUGAUGAAGCAAUGUAAACCCUAAUUUUGAAUGCAUAAGCCAAAAUAAAUACUUUGUGUUACCA